GGUGGUAUAAAAGAGCUGACCGACUCUCGGGUCUGCAGCCGAGGCAGCGUCUUUCUUCGGAGUGAACGUCCCAUCCCAUCCUCACAGAAAUGUCCAGAAAAGUUAUUUUGGUCUUUGCGCUGUUGGUGGCGUUGAUCGCCUCUGACUCUGCGGCCGCGCCUCAGAGCGCCGCGGCCGGACAGGCGAAGGGGGCGGACGUCCUGCAGCGGCUCCUGGCCAAGAGGGAGAAAGCGAGGGAGGCGUCGGCGCCCCGGGCGGAGAGACGGGCGCACCUGUCUGAAGACGAGCGGGAGAUAAUGACCAAGCAGGUCAUGCAGGCCAUCGCAGAGGUGAUGAACUCUGACUGCAUGUUGGGCCGCGACUACCAGGGCUGGGUGGACUUCGGACGCAGGGACGCAGCGGAGUGAGGAAGGACAGCAACUCUGUCCUGGUUUUUCUUCACCAUGUACAGAAAAGUUGAGGCUUGAAAAUGUAUAAAUAAAGAUCUUUGCAGAAU